AUCGUGUCAUUUGUGAAUUGUUUUGAAAUUCACCCAAAAGUUAUUGUGCAAAUUUUUAAUUUUGCAAGCAUUUAAAAUUCCAUUACCAUCAUUAACUUUCUCAAAGAAAUUCAAGUAAACCUAUAGCAGAUGACAUAAGUCAAACUAAAAUUGGAAGUGAAAGAAAGCAUAUAUUUGCAGUUGGAGUUUUAGCUGUUAAGCUGACCAAAUAAGUCUUCAAUCUUUGCUCAGAAGCAUUGAAGCAACCUAAAAAAAAAAAAAUCCAUUCUAAAAUGUGGCUUCUUACGAACACAAUAACUGGAAAUGUCCUCAUUGUGAUUAGCGAAAAGUCGAAGUAUACCGUAGGACGCGUUGGAGCAGAUUUGGUAAUUACAGACGAUUCUUCAAUUAGUCGGACUCAUGCGUUUAUACAUUUUACAACAACGCAAAUAAAAGAUGCUGAAAGUAGUGAUCCAAUUAAAAUAAAAGAAUUACUUGAGCUUGAAGAUGCGGGCUCUAAAUAUGGUACUUUCCAUAACGAUGGCAUUGCUAAAGGUGUGGUGAUACCUAAACAAAAACGUUUAACUUUAGCUGAAGGUGAUCGCAUACGUUUCGGAGUUUUAAAGAACAUUUGGACUGUAUCAAAUAUUACACCGUUUAUUUCGAUAUCAGUUUUACCUAAAGAGCUCGCCAUGCAGUUGAAGCAAUGCGUUCAGGUGCUCGGAGGUUGUAUUUUGGCCGACUGGGACGAUACAUGCACACAUCUAACUUUGGCAGAAAUUUACUUGUGCUCAAAACUUUUACAUGCAAUAUUGGAUUCGAAACCUAUUGUGACCUGCGACUACUGGUAUAAUGUAGUCCAGGCGGCGCGCCGUGGACGGCGAUCAUUGCCUAAAGUCGAAUCUUACAUGCCACCGAAUGCUGAGAAUUUCGAUUUAAAAUAUCGUGAAGAGAGAAAGCUUCUGUUUAACAACUUAACAUUUGUGUUUCUACAUGCCCAUCAUUUUAAGAAAUAUGCUCCUAUAGUGGAGAAGGCUGGUGGAAGAAGUAAGCAUUUAAAUGUAGGUAUACAAAAGUCAUUCUUAGUUCGAAAUGAUGUGGUGGUUGUUCAGUAUGUACCGUCUACAGAAUCACAAAGUUCGCAAACCAUUAACACAAUUGAAGACUUCCUUAAACUUCAUUCGCGACGAACUGUACCUGAAUUCGAGAUUGGCUUGGCGUUGAUACAGUGUUCCACGAAAAGGUAUUGUAAUCCCAGCUUUAACGCGAACGAAAACUUCGAUCUCGCUUCCAAAUCAAUAGAAUCUAAUGCACCGCAGUGCUCUGUUCAAGAUUUUCCCAAUAUUUCGAAUCCAUUAGAUAUGGACGAAACGGAAGUUUUUAUACCAGAAACUGAUCGCAAAAGCUCGUGCAGCACAGAUUUAACAAGCAAAUCACCCGCUGGGUCAACAGGGACCUGCCUGGAACAAACUGGAUCAGUAGAUAUAGAAUCACAAACUUUUGAGCCAGAAGAAAAUGGUUCGAAUAAUGUGCCAAUGUCUUCACUCCAAGUCACCGAAAGUGUACAAGACGCCAAUAAACGUAAGAGAACAAGAGGAACUAAAGUAAGCGGAGACGAAGUUGUUAAUUCUCAAUUGGGCAGCGAAGAUGAUGAGCUGUUUAAUUUUGCGGCUAAGAAAGUGCACCUGGAAGAGAAGAGAGAUUCACCGAUUGAGCGUGAAACUAGACUGCGUACAAAAUCAACUCACACAUCGACAUCUUCUACGGUCAGUGCAAAUCGAACGCCUAAAUCUUGCGAUAACCAAUUGCCCGUUGCAAUUCACAAGGGAAUGUCUAGGAAAGCCGUGAUUAAUAUGUCGGGUUUUCUAGAGAAAUCGCAAGUACCCAACUUAGAUGUGCACAAUGCAGGCCAAGCCGAGAAAAAUGCUGCAAUUGGCCCUGAGACUUCCAAGCAAGGAGCAAAACGCGCACGUAUUGCUGACAUAGAUAACAGUGAUGAUGAUGAUUUGUUUUGUUUCGGCGGUAAAAGUAACUCAAAUGAUGAUAAAAAUAAUGCUAAGAGAGUACGAACUUUGAAUGAUGGCGGUUGUGACUCAGAUGAAGACCUCUUCAACUUUGGCGGUGUUGUUGAUGAGCAAAAUUAUUCUAAAGAUGUUGUUGAUGCUGAUAUACGGAACCAACCACCCGUAAUAAAAAAUAAACCUAACCAAAUAAUUAUGCCAAAGCCAAAACAGUUGCCGGCAAAAAUUAGUGUUGCAGAUUGGCUCGACUGCUCACUAAGUGCUUUAUCUAUUAAAGCAGAGCAAUUUAAAGAUGAAGUGGACAUACAAAAAAAAGAAAUGAAUGAUCCAGGGGUGGCAGGUGAUAGCAAAGAUGUAAUUGAACCCAUUGAAGGUGGAUGCGUCGUAAAACUGUUGGACCCAAAAUCUUUAUUACAUAAAAGAGACUUAAACAGCAAAAGUUUUGCAAAUAAUGAGAACGACAAAAAUAAUUGUAACAAGAGCAUUAAAAACUUUAAAAAGUUUACAAAGAAAUUUCAUUCGCAAAAUCUUAGGGUAAUUCGUACUGUGUCAUCCACCGUGUGCGGCUCAUUAGUAUAAUAAAGCAAACAAUUUAUAUAAUUUGUUAUUUAUAAUUUAUUUUAAGUAAUUUUGCUUACAAUAAAUUUUCGGAAAAUACUCAAA